GUGCCCAGGCCCUUCGCCACUACCCACCUCGCAAUUGCUAUUCUUCAUUUCCCUGGUUCCACCAGUUCUACGCUCUCCACACCAUAGUUGCUGGAUUUGAGAGUUGGGUUCUGUAUAGCUCGCGAUUUUGUACAGGGGUUGAGUUUUCACGAGUGCGGGAAUGGCGAUGGCGUUGAGAGAGGUCGGGUGCGCGGCACAGCUGCCCGCUACUGUCACCUCGUCGGCCACGGCGUCGAGCUCGAGCUCACCCUGCGUGGUGGGCAUGGCUGUGCGGUGUCUUCCCGUCGCGCGUGGCCUCAGAAUCGGUGCAUCUAGGACGAAAUUGUCGUUAUCCGCCCCAUCGCACGGCGCUUCUCGGUCGCAGAGGAGAGGAAUAGUCUGCGAAGCCCAGGAAACUGUCACUGGUGUCGCAGGUGUUGUGAACGAAGAAACCUGGAAGGAACUUGUUCUAGAAAGCACAAUCCCCGUACUGGUAGACUUCUGGGCACCUUGGUGUGGACCUUGCCGCAUGAUCGCCCCUCUGAUCGAUGAGCUAGCGAAGCAGUACGCUGGCAAGAUCAAGUGCUUGAAACUCAACACAGAUGAGAGCCCAGGGAUCGCCACUGAGUAUGGGAUCCGCUCCAUCCCUACAGUGAUGCUGUUCAAAAACGGAGAGAAGAAGGACACCGUCAUCGGUGCUGUGCCCAAGUCGACAUUGGCCACAACCGUAGAGAAGUACAUUACACUUUAGACAAGCUCCAGUUUGGGGGAAGUUCGGGAUGGAUCUGGGGGAUAGAGACUGGUUUAAGAACUGUGGCGUUUUGUCGAUAUAGAAACUUGUGGUAUAUUCUUGUUGUCAUAGAAUCAGUCGACUCUUCAACACACCUCUGGAAUCCUCUACUUAUGGUCACCACUUGAAUCGGUACAUUGCGGCAUUGCAUCAACGUCUGCUCCAUGCCUUCGCUGCCGAUUGUGUGAUCGACGAUGGCUGAGACUCUACUAGGUGCUUUUCUUGUAUUAUGUUCAGAUUUUGCGAUGUAAAGAGCAGCGAUUCCUCUCAAUCCUA